AUGGAAGUAAACAUUAAGCUCUCCAUUGAAGAUCCCUCUCCACUUGUUGAUACUAAAAGUUACAGAAACCUAAUUAGGAGUUUGGUGUACCUGUACAACACAAGGCCCGAUAUCAGUUUUUUAGUUGGUAUUUUGAGUAGAUUUUCUAAUAAGCCACUAGAAAUUCACUGGAAGUCUGGAAUGAGGGUCCUCAAGUAUAUAAAAGGGACUCCUCAUUUUGGCAUCUCUUAUACAUCAGGGAACUCCCUAAUUGGAUAUUGUGACUCCGAUUGGGCAAGAGAUAUUGAUUCCAGAAAGUCAGUUUCUAGAUAUUGUUUUCUCUUUGGGAAUAGAAUCAUCUUGUGGAAAAGCGAAAAGAAGCCAAUAAGGUUGCUAUCAUCCAUAGAAGCCGAGUACAAGUUAGCUUGUCUCACCUCAUGUGAAGCUGUCUGGAUAAGAAGACUUCUUACUGAUAUUGCGAUAAUGAUAAAUGCUGCAACUAUGAUUCAUUGUGACAAUCAAAGUUGCAUAGUUAUUAAAGAUAAUCAUGCAGAUAUCUUCACCAAAGCAUUGGACAGUUCUGACUUCCAGAAGCAUUGGGAUGCUCUUGGUAUUGGUUCAAGAGUGUAG